UCAGCCAAACGCUAUUUAUGGUUUGUUUCUACAGAAACAUUGUGCUGAAUAUAGGGACAGUGACUGCCAAAAAAAAAACAGCUAUAUUAAGAGUACAGUGGAGUCAAAUUUUUCUCCAAACAUUUUAAAGCUUCUCGUAAGCGACGGACAUCAUGAAUACUGGUGAUUUUCAGACGCAGUUAACAUCCAUAAUGGAAAUUAUGGCGAGAACCGCUGUUGCUGAAAUAGGCAAACUUUUCGAGGAGAAUUCUUUGUUGCUGCGAUUAGAGAUUUCACGCUGUACAAACGAAAAUGAAUCUCUGAAAAAGAAAUGUCAUUUUCUGGAGAACGAACUUAAGUUUGGAAAGACGAAGAGGACAGCUCCAUCAUCCCGCCUUCCGGGACUUGCAGACACUGAACAUCAGCCCACAAUUUACAGUGUCUUCGGUAAGGAAUGGUGCAUGAACCUCUGGAGACACGAGGAGUCAAAUGUUGGUCAGAAGGACGACACACACCUGAACUCAUCAGUCAACACAGAAGAGCCAAUAAAUUUGCUGGAUGAAGAACCAGAUGUGAUUAUGAUUAAUGAGGAGACACUGAAGGAUGACGAUUGCUCUAGGAAAAACGAAAGUAGCAGUUUAAGAGGACCUGCAGUGAUCAGUGAUAAGAGAUGUGUCGCCCAAAGCUCUGAUGAUUUUAUCACAUACACCAUACCUUCAGAUGACCAAGUCCAAUCGAACGUACACCAGACACAAGCUGAAGAACAACCUCUUGAUGGAAUGAUCUCUACACAAGGAGACAGCACAACAGAGCAAACUUUCCAUAGUACACACGACCACACAAGUAUUUCAGAAGAGAAGAGGUUUGAGUGUGUAUUCUGUCGACGAACCUUCAACAAAUUAACCUACCUGAAAGCACACAUGCGAACACACUCCGGAGAAAAACCUUACGUCUGUACAGUUUGUGGUAAAAGAUUUGCUCAAAAAACAUACCUCAGAAUACACCAGCGCACUCAUUCUGGUGAGAGGCCGUACUCGUGCAUGGAGUGUGGAAAGUGCUUUGCUCAAAAGAGCUCUCUAAAUGUACACCUCCGAAGCCACACUGGAGAAAAGCCAUAUAGCUGCUCAGAGUGUGGUAAAAGCUACGCGUACAAACAGGGUUUCAAUACACACCAGUGCUUCAGUUAGACUAGUACAUACUGAAGUGAACCAUUACUGAAUUUGAUCUGUAUCAAAGUUGCUGUUACAGCACAGUGUGCAUAACUCUGCAAUAUGUAUCAUUAACAAGUUGCAAGUAUGUCCAUGGUUCUUUUUCACAGAAAUUAAGUCUUUUGACAGUGUUUGGAAACGUGUUAUACAGAAGCAUCUGGAGUUUUCUGUGUAUUGACUUGCAUGUGUAUAUUAAUUUGAACAGAGGGAUAAACAAAUAUGCUUGAAUAAACUUGACAAAG